UUACUCUAUUAUGAUAUGUAUGAUAGUCACACCUCUCAUGUGGUGGUGACUGAAGAAUUCUUAUGAGAUAUGACCACACCCAGAGCGGUGUCGGGGUAUGACUACACCCAUAGUGGUGUGGGGUAUGUAUGACCACAUCCGACGGGAUGUUGGGGUAUGUAUGACUACAUCCGACGGGAUGUGGGGUAUGUUUCCCGGGAGAGUUAUUAGCAUGGGAGUAGCCAGGCGCCUAUGAUUAAAACAUGAUAAGAUGCAUAUGCAUAAGUCAAAGUGGUUGAGUCUUUUGCUUAUUGGGAUAUGAGGAUGGCUGAGGUCCGAUCCUAGUGUUUUGGCUUGUUUGCUAGAUGUAUGGUAGGGGUAUGCUCUGUUAUGAACUCACGAUGCUAUGAUUAUCUCACUCAGCUAUGAGCUGACCCUCUUUUAUUCUUCUUCUCUGCUUAUGCUAUGUGUAAGCAUAUCAUCAGCAGCAGCAGUAGAUAAGUGUUAGGUGGGAGAGGAGCUAGAGUUGAAGCCAAGAUGAGGUAUGGUCUUCAACUAUUCUGUGCUUGGACGACUACUUGGGAUUUUGGCCAGUGAUCCACACCUUUUUGUAAAAAUGUUUUGAGAACAUUUUCAUGUGCAUACUAGCUUCGAAUGUAGUGUGAGAUAUCCACAGGUGUGGAAAGUUGAUGAUAUGUGUAUAUUUUUGUAAUUGUGUAAGUUAUGACGAUUAUGGCUUGUAUUAGUAUGGUAUGCAGUUGUGUAGUAUGAAACUGUGACUAUGGCUAUGGAAGUCCAUGUAUAUGGUUGUCAUUGAAUGCAUGGAUUCAGAUAAAUUAUUUUGCAGGAUAAGUUGCAAGAACUGUUAGCCCAUUACGCGAGUAAUUCAUGUCGAAAUUUUAUUUGGGUAAAUUUUGAUAAUUAAUGUAACGCCCGAGAUUAAUUCCGCUGCAAUUGUAUGAACAAUAUGAUUAGGCAAAACGUAUAGGGUAGGGUGUUACAAUUUGCAUGUUGGACACUUGGGAUAAGAUUGAGCUCAAAUGGAAACAGAUGUCACCAACCCAAAUUUCCCUUCUUUCUCCUCCUCUGCCUCUCAACGUUCUAUCCCUCUGUUAGCAAGCACCAUCAAAAUCAAAAGACCAUAUGUAGUUGGCAUUCUGGGGAAAGUUUUUCCUCUAAUGAUAUUCAGCCACCAUCGCAUGAGCCUCUGGAAAAUCAGAGUAAACAUCGCGUUGGAGGGAAUUGGGAUGAGGUACGCAGAGAGAGGAAAAGAAAUCGAAAGAAUUCCAUCUCACCCCGGUCUUUCGUUGGACUAAUUUUUCCACAACAGAAGUUCGGCUCAGAAGAUCCCUUGCGAGUUUAGUGGAUUUGCAGGGCAAAAAUUGGUUGUUGACUCUUGAGAUUCAUCGAAAACCGACAAAGGUGGCCCUUCAAAGACCGACCCGGAGCCCUGCAUUAAUCAGCCUCAUGGUUCACUUUCGCCUCGGUAAAUCAAUGGAGAAGAGAUGGGAAGAAAGGAGAAUCAAAUGACCAUCGUUCUUCUCUAUUCUGCUUCUCCCGAACGAAGGAGAAUCGACAACCCAACAACUUGGUCGUUCUUCUUGAAUGAUUGGGUCUGCUUCUGAUGGACGAAAUUAGGGGAAUCGGGAUCAGGUAUGGAAUGGCAGCCAACAAAGGGUAUACUGAAGAAACUCCCUAAAUGGAACGAACCGGGAGACGGGAGAAAGCUAAAUCCCCCUUCCGGUUCAGAGGAGUCCGAAUCAUUGUUGUCGUCUCCAUUCCUUGAGUUGAUAUCCUCAGGUGCCGUCGUCGCCCAUUUAUCUUCCAGAUUCUUCUUCGGGCGCCCGAUUUGGCUAGCCGCCAAGAAAUUCGUCGCCACCGUCUCCCUCCGCCGCAGGGACGGAGCUAGAGUGUAAGUAGGGGGGGGGCCAUGGCCCCCCCUAAAUUAUUAGAAAAAAUGGUAGCAACUAAGCUAUAUAACUGAAGCUGUAGUGUAGUGGCAUGUAGUUUUUAUUUUAGAUAUGAGGUCGGAGGUUCGAUGGUUGUUGGCAGCAACGUUUUAAUUCAUCAUGUUUUGAUUCUUAACCCCAAAUUUUACAUGCAUUACGAUUUGGCACCAAAACUUUUCUUUUGGUACAUCUUUGCCCCAAAAUUUUCAUGUCUUACGAGAUUUUUUUCAUUUGUUACAACUUUUGCCCAUUGUCUUACAAUUGGUACCAUACUUCUCAUCCCCAAAUUCCUACGCCUUACGAUAUGGUACCAAACAUUCCCAUUUGGUAUAUCUUUUGCCCAUUGUUUUAAAAUUGGUAACAAAUUUCAGAUUUGAGAUGGUGUUUUUUUCAUUUUAACCUAAAUUUUCUGAAUUUUUGCAAGUUAAUUUGCUUUUGCAUAGGCAUUAUAGUUCUUUUUUCACCAUUUUCCAUUAGGAACUGAGUUCAAUCUUUUCAUUUUUAAUUAGCAGUAACAUAUUUUUUAACUAUACAAUAUGCCAAAGGUCUUCUACUAGGUCAAAAUAAGCUUUAUGUGUCAAUAUUUUGAUAAUUUGUGUGGAACAAUAGAUAUCAUAAUAUUUGUUUUCAAAAAAAUUUACCGGCCCCCCCCCCUUAUUUAAUUUCCUGGCUCCGUCCCUGCUCCGCCGUGUCAUUCAGCUGGUUCAGGGAGGUGAGAGAGAGGGGAAAUCAGAUGUCGUUUGCCUGCGUCCGAUCGCGGGUUCAAAGUUGGGAAAUUCGUUGUCGCCACAAUCUCCUGCCGGCGUCUGGUCGGAGGUUACAGAGAUGGCAAGUUGUGAAUCGGGGAAUGAGAUGGGAUGGGAGAGAAGGGCCGGCGUUUGGUCGGUUGGAGGUUACGGAGAUGGGAAGUUCUGGAUCGGGUAUUGAGAUGGGAAGGGAUGGGAGAGAAGGGCAGAAGGUUUGGGAUGUGUGUUUUUGGGAGGUGGGAGAAAGUAAAUUUCGACUAUCGAGAAACGUAUUCUUUUUGUUUUUCCGAGGGGGCCCACCGAUCAGGCUAGCAUCAAUGGUCACAUGUUGGUGUUGCCUAAAUAUUAACAUCAACGGUCACAAUUGGCCUAAAUCUAUCAUCAACGGCCAAACUUGGCCUGCCCAAAAUAGAUACACAUGGGCUUACGUAGAUUGGACCACAGGAAUCAUCAAAUCUCUCGAUGAACAGUGCCACCCGAUUUUUCGAUUUUUUGUAAUUUUUAUCUUCUUGUGGCUUAAUCAUUCUAAUGGUUAAAACUCGAACUACAUGCACUAUCCAAAUUAUCAUCCCCAUAGAACAAAUAUUUACCCCAAUUUCACUUUCGAAGUCGCAAAAACACUUACAAAAAUCGCAUCAAUGCUAUUCUCUUUCCUCCGCCACCGCAACUAUGCAAGCGAUCUUGAAAAAGACAAUACAAUGAGACGAUUUCCUCAAUGUCAGCUUGCAGCUGCAGCGACAACAAACACCAAUGGCCUUG